CUUCUUCCGCGCGCGCCAGUCACAUCCGACGACUUCUCUUACUGCUACUAUUCCAACAACUACUGAUCACUAGACAGACACGAUGAACAUGUCCCGAUCUCCCGCGCUCCGUUCGGCGUCGUCGUCGCUCGUCGCAGCCGGCAGCAGGGGUGCCCAGCGACGUGUCGUACUCGCCUCUCUCGCGCCUGCUCCUUCUCUGACCCAGGGCGGCAGUGCCCGUGCGGUGCCUGCGACAUCAGUCGCCGCCACGGGCCUUGCGAGGCCGAGCUGGGCGACGCGCGCCUUCCACUGCUCGCCCGUCGCGCUGAGCAGAGACACAAACUGGGUCGACAAGGGCGACAUGACGUACAAGGAGCUCAAGCCCAUCACCCAGGCACCCACCGGCCAGGAGACGAUCAUCGACGUCCGCGAGCCCGACGAGGUGCAGGCCGGCAUGAUCCCCUCGGCCGUCAAUGUGCCCCUGUCGGCGUUUGCAAAGGCCUUUGACAAAAACGGCGGCGUCGACUUUGAAAAGGACUUUGCCUUUCCUCGGCCCGCCUUUGACGACAAGGUCGUAUUCUACUGCCGCUCGGGCAAGCGCAGUCAGCAGGCCCUCGAGCUGGCGCGCAAGAACGGCUGGUGGAACUCGCGCAACUACAGGGGCUCCUGGCUCGACUGGGUCCAGCAGGAGGAUGCUCGCAAACAGUGAUGUUACUGUACUUCCUAAAAUUGAGAUCCUAAAAAGAGAUACAUGGGGUGGAUGUUACAUCUAUUCGGCCUUGCUCUUGCCCGAAGCGCUGCCCGCGCCCACGCCGAGCUCCUUCAUCUCCCUCUCGCGCUUCUGGUCGGCCUCGAUGCGCUCGCUGCGCUCGAGCCACCACUCGGAGGCCUGCAUCAGCACGACGCCAGCGAGGAGGAGCAUGACGAUGGUGUUGCCGGCGGCGAGGAUGCGCAGCGCGCU